AUGCGGUUAGACGUGGCGAAGUUGAUACACUUUGGGUCGCCGCGGCGACGCGCGGCGGCGGCGGCGGUGGAUUGCGGACGAUUGGCGGCGUUCGGAGAGACGCGCGUCUUCGGGGGGGAUUACGACGAAGGAGCGCGUCGAGAGGCGCUCGAGAGCGCGGUUCGCGCGGAGGAACACGCGACGAGUGUGAUUACCAAGGCGUUUCGCGAUGUGGGUCCGGGUGGAGCGCUCAUUCUUCGCGACGUCGAUUUGUUACCGCUCCAGACGCGUCGGGCGGUGAACGAAGCUCUCAAAGCGCAGCGCGCGAAUGAUGGCGGCACGGAUCGGUCAAGUCGAGUGCGCGUGGUGCUCACAUCGUCGGUGUCCAUUCCAGAAGUGUUGCGCGGGAUGGACACGGAUGAUGUGAUGACGAUUCGGAUUCCGCCGUUGCGCGUGCGUCGCGCGGAUGUUGAGGCAGAGGCGCAUUUUUUCAUGCGUAGAGCAGAGAUGGAAUCGGAUGACCCGGUUCGAUAUGAUCUGAGCGAAGACGGUGUGCGAGCUCUUCAAGCGCACGAUUGGCCAGGUAAUGAAGACGAACUCGAAACAGUGCUUAAGCGGGCGAUGGUUCAGUUGCGCGCAAACCGCGUCACACAACUGCGCUCGCGCGACGGCGAAGCAGACGACUUUAGCUGUCAGUUGAUCACAAAGCAAGUGCUAUGGCCAAAUUCAAAAUCUGGUUACGGGGGCUGGCGUAGGGGCACGAACUUUAGGCUUAAUUUGUUUUCUGCUCUGCCUUGGACGCGUACGAUGAUGCGCUCAGAACUAUGGAACGGUGGAUUCCAGAGCAAGGUUGUGAUUCCGGCGUUUGCGUUAGUCAACCUCGCACUAUUGCUCGGCCCACAGAGUCGCGAUAGUAAUGUGUUUCUGAAUAUCUUUUGGGCUUGGUGGUGGCCGGGAAUUUUGAUAACGUAUCCUCUUGUGGGAAGACUUUGGUGUGCAUUUUGUCCGUUCAUGGCAGUCGGCACGAAAGCUCAGGAGUUUGCGAUUCGCGCCGGAUGGCCCAUGCGUGCUUGGCCCCAUGAGGCCAUGGAAAGGUACGGUGGAUGGGUCCUGGUGUCAUUAUUCGCCGUCAUUUUGCUCUGGGAAGAGUUGUGGGCGCUCGAAGACCAUGCCGCGCUCUCAAGUGGGUUGCUUUUGCUCAUAACGAGCGGCGCAGUCAUCGGAAGCGUCUUUUUUGAGAAGAGAAUUUGGUGUAGAUAUGUCUGCCCUAUAGGUGGGAUGAAUGGUAUGUUUGCUAAAAUUUCUGGCACGGAGAUUCGGGCCGAGCAGGGCGUGUGUUCUGCGCAGUGUAGUUCGUACGGUUGCUUUAAGGGUGGUCCGGCAGUACCGCCCGAUGGCAUGGAGACAUCUGGGUGUCCGGUCGGUAUCCAUCCGGCGCAAAUAAAGGAUAACCACGACUGCGUGUUGUGCGGUUCGUGUGUUCAGGCGUGCCCGCACAGCUCAGUGCGACUUAACCUACGCCCUCCGGGAAUUGAUCUUUGGACGACAAAUCAGCCAAUGGCGCAUGAAGCGGCGUUACUCUUUCUACUGUUGGGUGCGAGCUUUUGUCACCGUCUUCCGGAACUCGCCGAUGCAUUCGGCGCGUCACCCGAGGUUCAGGAAGCGAUUCGAACGAUGGCUUCGUCGACAUCCGGCGAUAAUGCGUUCGCAUCCGAACCAUUCGUUGUGCAUACCAUCGCUGCGUUCUGUGCGCUUGCGUUUCCUUCGAUUGUUGCGUUUUCUUCGCACGCACUCGGGCGCAUCUCCAACGCCGUCGUCAAUGCGUCGAGCGAGCGCGAGACACCCCCUCAGCCGUUCGUCAAGGAAGCGUACGCCUACCUCCCUCUAUGCUGGCUCGCCCUCCUUGCACACUUUCUCGACAUGGGCAUGGGCGAGGCUGGUCGCGUAUUACCCGUCGCCGCGCGCACGUUUGGUCUCUCUGCGCUCGCCGACAACGCGGGGCUCCCCUCGCUCGUCGCAGAUGACCACGUCAUUUCAUUUUGUCAGGGCAUCGCCCUGAUCGCCGGGGCGUCAUGGAGUCUGGUAUUACUCCGUUACAACGCUUCUCGCCCGUGGCUCGCCGUCGCGCCCCAAUCCGUCUCCAUCCUUUGCAUCGCGGGCGCCCUGUGGCGCGUCGUCGUCGUCGCGCAAUGA